GGCUUUAGUAGCCUCGUAGUUAAAACGGCCUUGCAUUGCAGAUUCAAAAAAAAAAAGAUCAAAAUCACUGGCUAGUUUGACAAGGCUUUCAAAAUCAUACGUUUUGAUAUAUAAGGCUCCAAAAUCAUAUCCGUUAUAGCAAGUUAGGGGAAAUCUCAAUUCUUCAAGGCUUUCAAAAUCAUAGCCGUUAUAGCAAGUUAGAGGAAAUCUCAAUUCUUCAAGGCUUUCAAAAUCAUACAUUUUGAUAUAUAAGGCUCCAAAAUCAUAGCCGUUAUAGCAAGUGAGAGGAAAUCUCAAUUCUUCAAUUCUUUGUUUUCUUCCAUGGCGGAACUACAGUUUUGGUUUCUCUUCCAGUCUUUUCUAUGAGAAAUUGUCACACCCACAGGCCUGAAAUCACACGUUCAGGGAAGAAGAAAGAGCAGGAACCUUCAAUUCGAUGAAUAUAUACGGAGUAGGAAACAAUUCACAAGAGAAAUCUGCAGCUGAGAGAGAUAGUGAUAGAGACGGAGAAUCUGCUGCGAGAAUGGUGAAAUUUUUGAAGCCAAACAAAGCUGUUAUCAUUCCUCAACGCAAAUAUGCGACCUGCAAAGCUGUGACCGUAAGGGCAUCUGAUGAAGAAAAAAGGGACAGGCCAAAUGAUCAUUGUUUGGUUGUAGGUCUCUCAAAGUACCGGGAGAAAGUGAUCCAUAGCAAUGCAACAAAGAAGCAGGCGAAGAAAUCUUGUAUGAAGGCUUUCAUCAAGCUUGUGCACUACAAGCACAUCAUGCUUACUUGUUACACACUCGAUGUGGAUCUAAAGGACGUUUUCAAUGCUGAUGAUACUGAGGCACUUGACAAAAAGGUGACUGGUGCGAAAGAGGCCAAGGCUAGGCUUGAGGAGAGGCUCAAGACCGGAAAAAAUCGCUGGGUGAAAGCAAAUGAGCUUUGAUAUAUGGUCAAAUGAAUGAACCUCCUGGUGCUCGAGCUGACGUUGGGCUCACUGAACUGACAGAGUUGCAGGCUCUGAUAGACUGGCCAUGAGAUUCACCUGACGCCUCACAGUUCGGCCUCCAACUUCUGGAGGAUUAUUUUGACUAUUCUUUUGAAGUAUAAGCUACAGUGGAUGCUUGGUGGUCUGACGGGUGGCGGGAAGGUGUUGUUGUUGGAUUUGAUGUCUAUGGAAGCGGUCAUUUUCAGGUUUCUUGUCUCAGUCUGGAAGAGCUAUCUAUCGAUGGAGCUAAUAGCAUAAGUGCUUUAUAAUCUCACCAACUUCCAAUAGCCUACUUCAGCAAGCUUGAAUCAUUGUAUGUAUCAAAUUGUGAAAAAUUGAGAAACAUUAUGUCUCCAUCAGUGUCUAGAGGUGUUUUUAAUCUCCGAAUACUAAAGAUAGAUGGUUGUCAAUCAAUGGAAGAAGUGAUCACAGAAGAGGAACAACAAGGAGAAGAAAUCAUGACUAAUGAGCCCUUAUUUCCCUUGUUGCAAGAGUUGAGGCUUCAAACUUUUUCACACUAACCUUUAUUUUCUAUAGAUCGAGGGAUUUUCUCUAAUUUUAAUAAUAUAAUUUCUCUGGACUUCUUCUUCUACUACUAAAUCUAUUAUUCAAAGUGUACUUUAUUGUCGUUGAGUGAUUUGCUUACACCGUGGUUUUAGAUACCGAUACACUGGUGAGCAAGAUCAUUAUAUCCUGGGAGGAUAUAUUCUGUUAACAUCGGGUACUUGAGGGAAAUAAUUUUCUUAAGGGGACAAUGUGUAUUCAGUGGACUUGAUUUUCUUUCUUUGAGGAAAAUAUUUUUAUAUUGUUUGCAAUCA